GCACGUAACCUAACAGUGUAAUUUUUUAUUUUUUUGUUUCAAAUAGACUGGCGAAUAUAAUAGGUAAAAGGUAGACUAUUGACAGGGACAACAUUUUUCUCGACAUUAAUAAUUUCAAGAAGUCUCAAUUUCGGUAGUUUUUUUCUGACAGUGUGGAUGAACCGGCGUAGCUGGUGGCAUUUGCGGUAAACAAUAAGGUUUGGAAACCGUUUAUCAUGGACCUGUGACAGUAAAUAAUAGAUUUGAUUUAAACAAGAGCACAGUAACAAAUAAGGUUGGAUCGUGAGCUAUUGGCCUAUCGAGUUUUAGGCAAUAAGAGUUAGGCUAUAAUUGUAUUUGUAGUCAUGAGCAGUUUUAAGGACAUUAAAUCGUCCCGUCAGCCGAGCUCGGAUAAUAAUUCCGUGAGCAGCAAUGACUGGGAUAUGGCCAAUGAUGUGUUUGUGUCCUGUUAUGAAGAACCGAUGGGGGAGACUAUACACCGGGAGAUGGACUCGGUCCAGUCCGGCUUGGAGCAUCUUCCUCCGCUGCUGCUAGGCGAUCACCGAUUAUCCCAGGACGGCAUGAUAUUGGGCCUUGUGGAAGAAGCAUACUCUGGCUAUCACUCUCUACCCGACUCGGGGACCGGCUAUUUGGACAUCACAAACGACCUGAACUAUACUGAAAGUGAUGGGAAUGUGUCUACAAAGAAGCGGAAUCGCUCGAACAGUUCCAGGCACCGCGGAGAGGUGGUCACAGAGCUGGGACCCGAGGAAGUGCGUUGGUUUUACAAGGAGGACAAAAAAACCUGGAAGCCAUUUGUUGGACAUGACUCUUUAAAAAUUGAAGUAAUUUAUCGCAAAUUAUGUAAACUAAAUCCCUGCAAGGUCAAAAGCCGAAGUCCCACCAUCGAACCAGCGCAAGGCAGUGGGUCAGCCACGGUGGCGGAUCCCCUCCCUGAGGACGCAGCUGAGAGGACAGCUAUUCAAGCGGAGCUGACCGCAGUGCACUCGGAGGGUGGAGGGAAAAGAGGAUCGGAGACCGAUGAAAUCGACAUGGAUUCCACAAGUGUCAACGUUGAGGCUGUUUGUGUCAGAGGGGGUCUCUAUGAAGUGGACGUUAAAGAGAAAGAAUGUUACCCAGUCUACUGGAACCAGCAGGACCGUAUCCCUGUGAUGAGGGGCCAGUGGUUCAUUGACGGCACGUGGCUCCCCCUGGAAGAGGACGAGAGUGACGAAAUCGAGCUGGAGCACCUGGCUCGUUUCCGUGGCCACCAGAUGAGGGAGACCUAUGAGAUGGCUACUGAAAUGGUGACCACCACAGUGGACAGCAAGGAUGCAAUUCACAGUCUGAAGCUAAGCCGAAGCCAUGUGGACUGGCACAGUGUGGACGAGGUCUAUCUCUACAGUGACGCCACCACCUCCAAGAUCGCACGCACGGUCACCCAGAGACUGGGCUUUUCCAAAGCUGGUAGCAGUGGGACACGUCUCCAUCGGGGCUAUGUGGAAGAGGCGGCACCUGAAGAUACACCACCUGAAACAACCCACAUCGUCUUUGUGGUGCACGGGAUUGGCCAGAAGAUGGAUCAGGGCCGAAUCAUCAGGAACACAAGCAUGAUGAGGGAUGCUGCUAGGAAAAUGGAGGAGAAGCAUUUCUCUGAUCGUUCCACAGAGCACGUGGAGUUCCUUCCCGUGGAAUGGAGGUCUAAACUGUGCCUGGAUGGAGACACGGUGGACUCUAUCACUCCAGACAAAGUUAGAGGGCUUAGGGACAUGCUCAACAGCAGUGCCAUGGAUAUCAUGUACUACACCAGCCCUCUGUACAGAGAUGAGAUCACGAAGGGCUUGACUCAAGAGCUGAAUCGUCUCUACACCCUCUUCUGCAAGAGGAACCCUGAGUUUGAGGAGAGCGGCAAGGUCUCCAUUGUGUCCCACUCCCUGGGCUGCGUCAUCACCUUCGACAUCAUGACGGGCUGGGACCCGGUACGCUUCCACCACAGAGAACCCGAUGCAGAAGAACUUCACGAGUGCUGGUUGAGCUACCAGGAGCGGCAGCUACAAGAGGAGCUGAGACUCACACGGCUCAGGUUACGGGAUUUGGAAAGUCAGUUUGCCGCUAUGCAAUCCCCAUCAUCUGAAUGCUUUUCUUCUGCCUUGAAAUUUAAGGUGGAGAACUUCUUCUGCAUGGGUUCUCCCCUGGCUGUGUUCUUGGCAUUGCGAGGGAUCCGGCCAGGGAACAAUGUGACCCAGGAUCACAUCCUGCCCAAAUCCAUCUGCCAACGUCUCUUCAACAUAUUUCAUCCCACCGACCCAGUGGCAUACCGAUUGGAGCCUCUGAUCUUAAAAAACUACAGUAACAUUUCACCUGUCCAAAUACACUGGUAUAACACAAGUAGUCCGACUCCAUAUGACCAGAUCCGUCCCACGCUUCUCAACCCGGCACUGAAGGAGAGUGCUUCUGUCUCAGACACAGAGAGCCUCCCCAGCCCCUGUACCUCCCCCCCCCAGACCCGAAGACACUACGGAGAGUCCAUCACUAACCUGGGUAAAGCCAGCAUCAUGGGCGCCGCAAGUCUUGGAAAAGGCAUUGGCGGGAUCUUCUUCUCCCGCUUCUCUCGCUCCAGUGGUCAGGUGGGCAGUGUGGAGGAGGAGCCUUCUGACUCUGAGGGCGGAGCCUUGGAGGUGGAUAAUGCCAUGUCGGGGGAGGAGGCUGUUUCUGCUGAGUUAGAGGAGAAGUUACCAGUAGUCCAAGAGACGAGGGAGAUCGAGCCCUCCAUGUCUAGAUCCACGUCGGCUGUCCUGGACAACGCCACAUUGGAGUUGGAGAGGCGUAUUGACUUCGAGCUGCGGGAGGGUAUGGUGGAGAGCCGCUAUUGGUCGGCGGUGACCUCGCACACAGCUUAUUGGUGUUCACAUGACGUGGCGCUGUUUCUUCUCACUUUCAUGUACAGACGAGAGUGUCCCACUCAGCAGUCUGAGGAUAACCCUGAGUUAUCGUAGCCCACAGCCAACACAAACACACAUCGAAUUAAUUAAUGUAUAGGGAAAUCAAAAUGUAUUCUCCUUUAAAAUCCUAUUUUUACUAAUCCUGCCCUCACAGUAACACUAACCUUAACCUCAAUUACCUUAACCCUAAACCUAAUCAUUAACCCUUAACAUCAGUUUUACCAUGAAACUAUCACUUAGGCCAAAAAAUAUGGAGACAGGGAAAAUGUACCUGGUUUACCGCAGUUUGGGAACAUUUGUAUGAUGAAACCUGCUCACACAGACACACACGUGAUCUAGAGUGAGGAGACAUAGCUGUGAUUCAGUGACCACAUUAUAGCCUGUGGUCUGCCUAUGGUCAGUCUUUGGUCAGCCUGUGGUCAUCUUGUCAGAGACCCUUCCCUUUACCCUAUGAUCCUAAUGUUGACUGUUCCUCUAAUGGUCACAAUGCUGACAAUUCAUCCACCCUGUGGGUUAAAUGAAGACUGUAUUCCCUCCUAAGCACCUACCAACCUGAUAAAAGACUGUUUCCUGUGAUCUUCAGUGACGACUGGUUCUCUGGGCAAAUCUUUAGGUGUCCAUCCUCUUGGAAUCUACAGCAACACAGCCUCGACUUGAUCUGUCACUCCUGAAAAUGUAGCCAUGGCUAAAGCCUAAACUCAACUCUAAGCAUCAACCCUCAUUCAGAUGCUUUGCUUGUAGAGUUACAUUAAAAUCCAUCCCUUUACGGUCGGAAUACCUACAGAGAAGAUGCUACAACCGCCAUUGUUUUGUUUGUUUGUGUUUGACCAGGCUAGGGUUAAAGCCCUAAUAUGGGUGAAACUGGACUGGAGCAUACAGUAGACCAAAUAGGAUGCAGCCCUAAAGACUAAAGUAUAAUUCACAGUCCACAGACAGAGACGUGUUUGUCCGGUAUCCCCUUUUUAACAUUGCUACGCUGCUCUGAGAUCACGUCAGCAAAGGAUGCACGGGCUCUGCUGUGAGGGGUUGCCAGAUUGCUAUAUGUUCCCGUGUUUACACAGACUGAUUAAUCGCAAGGUUUCCAUGAAGGAUGACGGAAUUAUAUAAAUGUUGAAUGCACAAUUUAAGAGAUGUUGCCAAAUGCCGUUUUUGUUGAUCUCUGCUAACUUAGUGGCGGGUGCUGUUUUUUGUGUGAAACAUCCAUCGGGAGAACACACAUCUUGGUUCCUCUGUAAACGGUCUCGAUCGAAUAGAGCACUGCUAGAUCCAUUUGUACUAAUAACACAGACAUGUCGCACAUAUUCAGGAACGUGAUAUUUUUCGGCACUUUCUAGUCAGGCAACUGACAAAGACAGAAACAUAUCAGUAAAAGAAGAAACGUGCAUGAAGUACCCAUGCAAAAUGUUUAAUGCAUAUCCGCCUAACGAAACAGUUUCAAUGGCGAGGCCUGGAGAAUACGCUGUACUUAUUUUUCUAACACCUUAUUUCAAUCAAUAACGAUCCGGGUCAAAAGGAAAACAAAGCAUGAUAUUCAGGAUGUCUAGACAGGGAGGAAUAUGCUUUCAGUAAUAAUGUAUUGCUAUUAAUCCGGAGUUGCGGCAUGCAGACUCAUUGGAAGCCAUAGGAGGGUUUCUUUGUGAUUGUUUAUUAAAAUAAAUAUAACACUAUUACCAUCAUAACUCAAAUCAGAUCUCUCUGCAAUAGGAUGUCUUUGGUUUUUGUGUCAACAUGAACUUUUUUUUUACCCAGUACGUGUUGUCAGAGAAUUACUUUUGGUGUUUUUGUGAAUAUUUGAUAUUUAAGUUCUCAACGUGUUUCAGUGUCAUCCGGAGUCAUAGAAAUGUCAUCCCCUAAUGUAUGGUGGUGUGUAACUUGGCCAAUGCAGUACUGCUCAGCUUGUUUCAGUUUGGCUCAGUAGUUUAAUAUGGGUAUUGAGUGGCCUGUUACCCUUGUUUACAUGUCAUUGUUACACACAAACCUAACACGCUGACAACCUCCUCCGCUUCUCAUGAUACAACUUACCUAUUGAUGUGCCAUGAGGUGUUCCACUGAUAUAUGUGUAUAUGCUUAAUUUUGCAUAGAGUUAUGAUUCCAGGCAAAAUUAAAUACUGAACGCAAAGGAAAUUGAAUUGUGGUUAAUUGUGUUGUGGUUAGUCCGCACUUCAGCUGUAUUACCCUUUACUAGCACUAGAGGACUCCCUUUCUGUCAUGUCUCCACCUAGCCCGUUCUACUGUCAUGCUCGUUGUGUUGUCUUUUCGAAGUAAUGACGUGGUGCUUAUAAACCUUGGUAAACGAUUUGUUUUACAUUAAAAUAGAUAUCGACAGCUGUCUGACUGUGGUAUCCUCAUUCAACUUUACCUUUGAGAAGAAAGAAUAGGGAACUUUAAAAAGUAGUUUAAUGACAAAAUGCGUUUUUACAGUAGUUAAUUGAAAUAGUUGUAGGUUUUGCAUAAAAUGCAUGGUUAAAGCAUUU